CUGUUUAGGAGAGGUUAUGUAAUAUGUGUCAAAUCUGUAACUACUGUCACUUUUUGUUUAUCAAAAGUUUUUCAUAGCAUUAGAAACGAGAGACUUGUGUUGUGGAAGUACCUGAUUUUUUAAGUAAUAAUGGAAUCGAUUGAACAUAUCAUCGAAGAUAAGACAAAAAUUAUCUCUAGUGAAUCUGUUAAGAUUUCUGAAGAUGAAGAAGAGAAUUUUGAAACUAAUAAGGUCAAGAUAGAAGACUGCAAUUUUGUUGAUAGAAAUGAUUCUACUUUCAUCGAAACAGAGGAAAAUCUCAGGGAAAUAACAAGCAGUAAAUAUAUUCUGAAAGAGGAAAAACUUACCGAUGCAGAAGAAACAGAUACAAAACAUUCAGAACCUAAUGAAUUCAAUUUGAAGCAGCAUAAGUGUCACUUAUGUGAUUUUGCUUCAAACCGAAAAUAUCAUCUUAAAGUACAUAUAAAUUCUAUCCACUUCAAUUUGAAGCCGCAUAAGUGUCACUUAUGUGAUUAUGCUUCAAAACAAAAAAUUCAUCUUAAAACACACAUAAAUUCUGUUCAUACAAAUGAAAAGGCACAUAGAUGUCAUAUAUGUGAUUUUGCUUCAAAUCGUAAACAGCAUCUCAAAGCGCAUAUAGAUUCUGUCCAUUUGAAUUUCAAGCCACAUAAGUGUGGCUCGUGUAAUUAUUCUUCAUAUCAUAAAAAUCAUCUAAAAAAACAUAUAGAUUCUGUUCAUUUGAACUUGAAGCAAUAUAAGUGCGAUUUGUGUAAUUUCAGUACAAAUCAAACAUAUCAUCUCAAAUCUCACAUGAGCUAUAUUCAUUCGAAUUUGAAUCAACAUACUUGUCAUUUAUGUGAUUUUAAUGCAAAACAGAAAUCUGAACUCAAAUUGCAUGUAGAUUCUGUCCAUUUGAAUUUAAAACUAUUUAAUUGUGAUCUAUGUGAUUUCGCAUCGACUAGAAAAUUCAAUCUCCAGAAACAUAUAAAUUCUAUUCAUUUGAAUUUGAAGGAACAUAAAUGUCAUUUGUGCGAUUUUGCUUGCAAUCAAAAGUAUGACCUCAAAUCACAUAUAAAUUCUGUACAUUUCAAUUUAAAACAGCAUAAGUGUAACUUAUGUGAGUUUGCUUCAAAUCAGAGAUCUUAUCUGCAAAAACAUAUAAAGUCUGUUCAUUCGAAGCGUAAGUGUAAUCACAUCACUUGUAAUCUAUGGUUUUCCCAUUUCUAUACGUUUAUCAAUAAAAGAAAACAUAGUCAGCUCAAAAAUUUGGAAAUUAUGGACUACUCUACCGAGAAGAAAAUCUUUAAUUCCAGUGAAUCAGUUGGAGAUUUUCAAAGUGAAGAAGAGACUUUUGAAGUCCAUUAUAUUAAGAAUGAACUUAGGGAUGAAGAAUUCAUUGAUGAAAAUCAAGAUGAUAGCGAAGAAGCUUUAAAAGAAAAAAUGGGGAGUGAUAGUAAAUUCACUGCCUCAUAUGAACAAAAUGAUCUUUUGCCUUUGAAAUUAGAAGAAAUUCAAGAUAAUACCGAAGGCAGGAAAGAUGAACAGUCCACUAAUGGCAAAAUUGGUGAUUCAAAACCACAUAAGUGCCAUUUUUGUGACUUUGCUUCAAAAAGAAAAUAUGAUCUUAAAAGGCAUAUUGAUUUUCUUCAUGUCAAUUUGAAGCGACAUGAAUGUCAGAUAUGCGGUUUUACUACAAAUUACAAAAAUCAUCUCAAAUAUCACACAGAUAGUAUUCAUUUGAAUUUGAAAAAGCAUAAAUGUCAAUUAUGUGAUUAUGCUUCGUAUCAUAAAGCUUAUCUCACCAAGCAUAUGGAUUCGAUCCAUUUGAAUUUAAAGCAACACAAGUGUGAAUUAUGCGAUUAUGCAACAAAUCGAAAAGUUCAUCUCAAAUCACAUAUAGACACUAUUCAUUUAAAUUUGAAACAACACAAGUGUGACCAAUGUGAUUUCGCUACAAAUUUGAAAUGCCAUCUCAAAUAUCACAUAGAUUGUGUCCAUUUGAAUUUGAAAAAACAUAAAUGUCAAUUAUGUGAUUAUGCUUCAUAUCACGAAUAUGAUCUCAACAGACAUAUGGACUGUAUCCAUUUGAACUUGAAGCCUCAUAAGUGUGAAUUAUGUGAUUAUGCAACAAAUCAGAAAGUUCAGCUAAAAUCGCAUAUAGAUACCGUUCAUUUAAAAGUCAAACAAUACAAGUGCGACACUUGUGAUUUCUCUACAAAUUUGAAACGUCAUCUCAAAUAUCACAUAGAUUGCGUCCAUUUGAAUUUGAAAAAACAUAAAUGCCAAAUAUGUGAUUAUGCUUCAAAUUAUAAAGCUGAUCUCAACAGACACAUGGAUUCCAUUCAUUUGAAUUUGAAGCAACAUAAGUGUAAUUUAUGCGAAUUUGCUUCAAAUGGGAAAUAUGAAUUCAAAAAACACGUAGAUUCUGUUCAUUUGAAUUUGAAGCAGCACAAGUGCGAAUUGUGCGAUUACUCUACAAAUAGGAAAUCUGAUUUGAAAAAACAUACAGAUUCUAAUCAUGCGGUUUCGAAACAAGUUUGACUUGCUUCCUGACAAACAAUUUUUUCGGAAAUUAUGUUGGUUGUUGGUUAUUGUUUGUGAACAUUCUAAUUCGAGUAAUAUCACACAGGCUGUUUCAACUUUGUGUCGAAAAUGUUGAAAUAAAUUCGACCAUAAUUUUGAUUUUUCAAAUUUGUGGAAAAAAAUAGUGGAAAACUUUUGGAGACUGCAACUUUGGAAGAAGGUAAUGAAUAUUUUAAUUCUGUUGAAAUGUGUAUCAUUUUCUAAUUAUCGGCUGAAAAUGGUACUUAAUAAUAGAGUUUCGAAUUAAAAUCCGUUUGAAAAGGAAAUAAAAAAGCAGUGUAGAACUUUCUCCUUUCCUUUUUUUCAAUGCACAUUAUACUAACAGGGUCAGCAGUCAGGUAAUAUUGUUGUUUACAAUUCAGAAAACUGAAAAAACGUUUUAGAAUUUACCAAAUAUCUCGAACAGAAACCAAGAUAUAUCGAAAUAUUUGAAACAAUUUUUCAAAACACCCUGUAAUUUUAGAACGAAUCAUGAUAUCUCUUUCUGAUAUCUUAUCAUUUUGAAAAAGAGCUCAGGGGUCCUUGAAGAUUUUUUUCCAAGUCUUAUAGUCUUCGAGAUGCUUUCGGUGAGCAUCGAACAUGGAAUAAGAAAAACAAAUUACAGAAAUUUAUUUCAAUACAAACUCAUUUGUCUUUGAAAAUUAUCAGUUUAUGGGACUUGAAGCACCCUUUGUUAAAUAGUGGUCUAUUUCAAGCAUAACUUUUUUUCUGAUUUGAAUGAACACAAUCUAUAUGUCUCUCGGGACUAAAUUUCCAAUUCUUAGCGUAAAUACAUAAGUGACACUUAUGUUUCUUCAAAUUCAAGUGAACAGAAUCAAUAUGCUUUUUAAGAUUAUAUUUCUCAUUUGUAGCAAAGUCACAUAAGUGACACUUAUGGGACUUCAAAUUUAAAUGAACUUUUUGUAUAUGUGACCUUAGAUUAGAUUUUUGAUUUGAAGCAAAAUCACAUAAGUGGCACUUAUACUGCUUCAAAUUCAAAUGAAUGCAAUCAAUAUGUUUUUUAAGAGCACCUUUCUGAUUUGUGGAAUAGUCACACAUUGUCACACAUCAUUAUUUAUAAUAUCUAAUAAACCUGUUAAAGCCAUGUAAUUGGAAAUAAUUAUAAAACUAAUGAUGAAUAAUGAAAGUUUAUAUUAGUUAUAGAUAUAUUCUUUUUAAUAUUUUUGUUUUCGACAUGAAAAAUAAAAUAUACUUCAAAUUACAACCC